CUGCUUUCCAUAUCUGAGCCAUGGAGCGGAUGCAGAAACGACUUUAUGACGCGUCAGUAGAAGGAAACCUAACCGUUUUGAUAAUGUUGCUUCAAGAAGAUCCACUGAUUCUUGACCGAGUUACCCUAAAUCGCUAUGGUGACAUGCCUCUACACAUCGCAUCAAUGCUUGGACAUACUGAGUUUGUUAAGGAGAUCCUAGCUCGAAAGCCUCUGCUUGCUAUGGAGCCUGAUUUACAAAGACGCUUGCCUCUUCAUAUAGCAUCUGCAAAAGGCCAUGUGGAACUAGUUAGAGCUCUGCUAUCGGCUAGCACUGAAACAUGCCUUGCGUGUGAUUGUGAUGGGAACAAUCCUCUCCAUCUUGCAGCCAUUAAAGGACGCAGUGAUGUCGUGAAAGAGCUGGUGCAAGCCCGACCUCAUGCAGCUAGAGCCAUCGUGCAGCAGGAGACCAUCUUACACUUGUGUGUGAACCAUAACCAAUCGGAGAUUUUGAAGUUCUUAAUAGAGACCACAGGUGAUGAUGAGUUUGUAAGCUUUAAGGACAGUCAAGGCAAUAAUAUAUUACACCUAGCUGUGGUUUACAGACAAACUGAGACCAUAAACUUCUUGCUACUCAGUACAACUAUACAAGUCAACGAAGAAAACUCAAGUGGGGAAACACCAAUGGAUAUAUUGGGUCAAGGACCGAAAGACUUGAAAUAUCAACAAAUCUUACAGUCCCUAACGCGAGCAGGAGCUGUUGAGGCGAAAAUUGGUAAUUUGUUCAGACAAGAUCCUCAAAGUUCCAGAAACGAAAUCGGUGUGGAUGGCUUAGACGACUAUAAUAAGAGACAAGCCUCUCCUUUUUACUUGAAAGAAACCUCUAAAAACUCUGAUGACUGGCUGGACAAAAAGCGAAACACUUUGAUGGUGAUGGCAUCAUUGAUAGCAACAAUGGCCUUUCAAGCAGGUAGUAAUCCUCCCGGUGGUGUUUGGCAAGAAGGGACAAGGGAAGAUCCAAACAUUAAGGCUGGAUACGCUAUCAUGGCAACCACUCAUCCAUUAGAAUACCAAAUCUUCCUGGUUUGCAACACGGUGGGUUUUGUUUCCAGUCUUAGCAUUAUCUUGUUGCUUAUUAGUGGAUUGCCUUUUCUGAAGCAUCGUUUUUUCUUGUGGAUUUUGAUGGUUAUAAUGUGGAUUGCUGCUACGUCAAUGUCAGCAACGUACUCGAUUUUCAUAUGGCUUUUGUCACCAAAAGCCGAGUCAAAUACAUUCAGGAAUGUGGUAAUUUGUAUUGUGUUGGUAUGGAUAGGGUUGAUGACUCUUCUAGUUGUAGGACACAUCAUUCGCCUGAUUGCAAUCGCUGUGAGGAUCUUGAGAAGGCUACUCUUCCCUAAAAAGAGGCCAAUAUUACGUCCAACUAUCAGGAACCAAGAUGGAAUGUAA